CGAACGUACCGAUCUGACCCCGCCCACUGCUGUAGUCAACCCCUCGAUUACCACUCAGAACUCUCCGGGUUCCUCCGGAACUGCUCGGGUAUUUCCGUCCCCACAUCGGCACCAAUCGGUUCUCUCCAUCCUAGAUGCUCCCCCCUCCCUCGCCCUGCUUUUAGAAUUCGGUUAUCUCCGUUUCACCGAGGCUUUGAAUCGAAUCUAUUCGGAAGCCCUCGACUUUGGCAUAACCAUGAUCGGAGUUACUCGGCUCUCUUCGGACCUAAAGCUGAGGCGCUGAGGUGCUUGGGUGUUUGGAGCUGGUCCGGGACCGGAAGUGCGUGGGCCGUCUGGCUGGCCUUGCUUAGGGUUUUCAGGAAACAUGGAAGCGGUGGCGAUAGUUGGAGCCUAAGUACUCUGAUGGUCUCUCGGUGCCCUGUGAGAGGAAAGGGGAGGAUGCCACUGGAAUCAUCUUCAUCUUCGGUGCAGCUGUCCUUCCCUUCUCUCUUACCCUCAGUGCCAGGCAAUUCUAUUAACUCUUCCCUUCCCCCAAUGUCUUACAUCACUUCCCAGGAAAUGAAGUGUAUUCUUCACUGGUUUGCCAGUUGGUCAGGUCCCCAGCGUGAACGUUUCCUACAAGACCUGGUCACUAAAGCAGUGCCUGGAAAAUUACAGCCAUUGCUAGAAGGUCUGGAGCAACUUAGUGUGUCUGGAGCCAACCGACCACCUUGUAUCUUUGAGUGCCAGCUACGUCUUUGGGAUCAGUGGUUUCGAGGUUGGGCUGAGGAGGAGCGCAAUGAGUUUGUCAGGCAGCUGGAGGUCAGUGAGCCAGACUUCGUGGCAAAGUUUUACCAAGCAGUGGCUGCUACAGCUGGUAAAGACUGAUAGGCAUUAAAAUCAGAGAAGAGAACCAUAGUUGAUGGAGCCGAAACUACAACUCUACAGUGAGAACUUCAGAUGUGCCACUUAAAGGUCUGGGGAUGGUAUCCUGAUUCACUGACUGAGCUUGCUGACUAGUACAGGCCUGGUUACUGCAAUGUUUACAGCACAUCCGCUGGACUACUAGUGUGAAUGUUUUCCAGCUAAGCAAAUCCAGAGUAGCAGUCUGCCUCUAGCUUACUUCUUUCCAGGAGAUGUCAAACCCUCAAGAAUAUAAUGGCUUUUGCAACUAUAACCAAACGGCACCUACACAUAAUUCAAGCCUACUGCUGGCCCAUGGGGAUAUAAAGUAGAACUUUCCUACUCCAGAAGCCGGAGAGAAGGGCAAUAAAAGGUCCCGUUUUUAUAUUUAGCUGGAUUCAGAUGUCUGGUUUCACCUCUCUUAGCAGAUUCAGGCACAAUUAUGUGACAUCCUAACUACUAGCUUUCCUGUGAUGAUUUAGAAAAAAUUAUGGAAAAAUCAGAAGAGGGAGAUAAUUAGUUAUUCCUUCCUCCACACUGAUGUGUGUUUGAAUCCAAAUAGUGAUGACUUUUUCCAAAAGCAUAUGUGAUAUGCUUGGAGCUGUUAGAAGAUAUUCUGUAAGUUUGCUCUAUAACAAUAUGAAAAAAAGUGACAUUCUUUAGAGAUUGAAAUGUUUAUUUUUUUUGGUAUCAAAAUAAAGAAUGAAUCUUUGGAA